UUCGCGGUUCAUUCUCCCGAAACGUCAAGUUUACGCGCUCAAAACAUCCUCACUGCGAAGUGGAGGCGUGAAAGUGACCGUCGCUUGAAUUUUUGUGUCGCAACUAAAUCGCAAUUUUUAAGUAGUUAAAGUGCGCGGAAAAGUGCCAAAUCUUACGCCAACAUGAAGUGCCAGAUUCCGGAAAUAUCGUGGCAUAAUCGCGAUCCGGUUCUGAGUGUGGACAUUCAACCGCAGACGGGUGGCGAUAAAGGGGACUUUUACCGUUUGGCUUCGGGUGGAACCGACUCCCAUGUUUUGAUUUGGUACAUGACUCAGAGUGCCGAAUGCGGGACGAUUUCGUUGGAUGUGGUGGCAGACUUGGCUCGUCAUCAGCGAGCGGUCAACGCAGUUCGGUGGUCGCCGAAUGGAGAACUGCUGGCGUCCGGAGAUGACGAGAGCGUCAUUUUCAUCUGGAAGCAGAAAAGCGACACCGAGGUGGUCAAUAUUUUAGAUACAACCAACGAUCAGGAUAAGGAAAUUUGGUUGACUAUGAAAAUUCUCCGGGGACACAUGGAGGAUGUGUACGAUUUGUCCUGGUCGCCGAACUCAAUGUUCCUAAUCAGCGGGUCGGUCGACAACACGGCAAUGGUGUGGGACAUCAACAAGGGGAAAUCGAUGCACAUCUACUCCGAUCACAAGGGAUUUGUGCAAGGGGUUGCAUGGGAUCCCAAGAACCAAUACUUGGCUACGCUUAGCACAGAUCGGUACUUCCGCGUGUUUGAUCUACACACUAAGAAGGUUUUGACCAGAAAUAACAAAUGUGUGCUUCCGGUUGCGAAGGAUUCUCCUCUGCAUGGCAAAACCGUUCGACUGUACCACGACGAUACUUUACAGACGUUUUUCCGGCGUUUGAGCUUCAGUCCGGAUGGAAACCUGAUAGUUACGCCAUCCGGAGUGGCGGAGAUUGAAGGCGUUCCGAAGCCUUUGAAUACGACUUACAUUUAUACGAGAAAUUCAUUGAAGCAGCCUGCCAUCACUUUGCCCUCGCCGGAUCAAUACACGGUCGCUGUUCGCUUUUGCCCUCAGUACUUUAAACUCCGCCCCCAUCCGGAGAACAAGCCGCCAAUCAUCCCCUUACCAUAUCGGAUGAUUUUCGCCGUGGCAACCAAGAGUUCCGUGUACCUGUACGACACCCAGCAGAAAACUCCCUUCGCGUUGAUAUCGAACAUCCACUACACCCGGCUGACGGACAUUUCCUGGUCCGGGGAUGGAAAGAUCCUGAUCGUUUCCUCGACGGAUGGAUUUUGUUCGAUGAUUUCCUUUAACGAGGGUGAACUGGGAGAGAUUCAUGUGAUGGAAGUGGAUGAAGCGGCCGGCGUGGAAAAGGAGAAAACUCCAACGAAGAAGGCGACUUCGAACCGAAAGAAGUCGAAAGACGGAAAGGAUGACGAGAAGAAGGAAGUUAAGAAGAUGGAAACGGUUCCGGAGGAAGGUAAGAAAGACGAUAGCGGUAAGAACAUGAAACCUGAAGCGAAGCAAGCAGAAGAAUCGAAGAAAGAAGAAAAAGUCGCUCAACCGAUUGCCUUCAGAAGAAAACCCAAGGAAUCUGAAGCAGAAGCACCGAAAAAAGAAGAAAAAGUUGCACAACCGAUUGCUUUUAGAAGAAAACCGAAAGAACCUGAAGAAAAAGACGAGUCAAAGCCAGAAUCAAAGGAUGCAAUCAAACCAACGCCUAUUGAGAUUCGACGUAAACCUCGCGAAGAAGCACAGCCUGCUCAGCCGAUUGCUAUCAAACGAAAACCGAAGGACACUCCAGAAGACGCCAAGAAUGAGCCGGAAAUCCAGACUGACGAAUCAAGGAAACGUCCGCGCUCAAACAGUUCGGAAAAAGAACAGCCAUCGAUUGAAUCGAAUCCCGUUGCCGUGCGCUUGGUCUCGCUGGAGUCCACGGAUCCCAAAGCAGGCGUCGUAAUUAAGGAAAUCCCUCCCUCUAACACCACCCCAGUAGACGAGAAGAUCAUCCAGCCGGCCAAGGAGAUCAUCAUCGAAACGGAAAAGAUCAUCAGCAGUGACGAGAAAUUCGACAGUCCAUCGAGGAAAAAUCGUCCCGUCACUCCGAUCGCCGUGCGGCGCCAUCCUCGCACUCCGGACGUAACUCCCUCCUCUUCGGAGACCGAUCGUGAUGCCACUCCCAAAACCGGCAACAAAAAUGCGGCCACUCCGAUUGCCGUUCGUCGGCAGCCGCGCAAUUUGACCACCUCCGGUGACAAAUCGUCCGAGUCUUCCAGCAAACCGAAACCAACCUUCGAAGAGGACGCCGUCGACACGUGGCCAAUCGAUCAACCGAAACCGGUCGCCAAGACGGCGUCGGCGACAACGUCGGUCGAGCACAGUUCCCUUGGAAUCAGCGAACAAACGGAGGACUUCAAACUGGUCAUCUCGGAUGACGAGGAUCCCUCGACGGUGGAUGCCAAGAAGCAAACCGAUGACGCUGGCAGCAGUGCUGCCGAAAACAGCGAUUCCGACAAUAAGGACAAGAAUCAAUUGACUCCGGUGGCGUCGGCCACCACGCCGAAAACGCCUCGAAGGGUUGAGUUCCGGACAUUGUCGACACCCAAGUCGAAGAAGAAGCUGUUGUAGAGAGUGGUGGACGCUCUACGACACAGCAGUUUAUUUUCGCAUUUUUGUGCUGAUUGUUUAAGGUUAGUUUUUUAGGGCAUAAUAUAAUCGUUCGUA